CGGUAAGCCAACUGACAUUGCUACUCAUUCGUAGAUAUGACUUCGUCCAGUGAUAAAGUGUUAAAUAGUUCCAUCAAGAUCUAUUUUAGGCAAAUUUUAGCUGCUGUAACAGCUACAUUGUUUGCUGUUUCCGAUGGAAUGGCAUAUGGAUGGACGUCGCCUAUGAUCCCAUAUCUUAUAAGUGAUGGAAGUCACAUCCAAACGACACAUUAUGAAGCGGAAUGGCUUGAAACAGCAUUGCUAUGUGGAGCACUGUGCGGUUUGCCGCUAACAAUAUAUUCCGUCGAUAAAUUUGGCAGAAAAAGAUCGCUCAUUUUUGCCUCAUUUACAAUAUUAAUUGGAUGGCUGUUGAUUGCACUAGGGAACACAAUAAUUUAUCUUUUUGUUGGAAGAUUCUUUCUUGGUAUGGCAGGAGAUAUGGCAUUUGUAGCGUGUCCAAUGUAUAUGGCUGAAAUAUCGGAUCAGAGAAUAAGAGGAUUUUUAUCUGGAAUAAUUUAUAUGAUGGUCCAUACUGGAACAGUCAUUGUUUACAUUGUUGGUCCUUAUACACCACAUUACGUAACACCAAUCAUUGGUAUAUUUCUUGUUACGACAGAAUUAUUGGUCUUCAGUUUUAUGCCCGAGUCCCCGUACUAUUUAAUAUCUAAAGGGAAAGAGGAGGAAGCAAAGAAAGCCUUACAGUUUUUCAAACCUUACCAGGACAUUGAAAAAGAAGUAACUAGUAUAACAGAAAUGUUAGUUAAACAAAAUAUCACAAAAGUACAUCCACAGGAUUUAAUUUUAGUCAAAAGUAAUAGAAAGGCGAUUACCAUAAUGACAGUUCUUAAUACCGGCCAGCAUCUUUGUGCUUACACUGUAAUUUUAAUGAAUUUACAUUUGAUUUUGGCGGCUGCUGGAUCAAUUUAUAUGGAUUCGUCACUAACAGCUAUAAUAUUUGCGACUAUAAUGUUGGUGUCAGUUACUUUCGCAUCACUUCAAGUAGAUAAGUAUGGAAGAAGAAUGUUAAUAAUGGUAUCAGCAAUUGUUUCCGGAUUGUGCCUUCUAGCACUGGCUGUGUAUUUUCAUUUAAAAUAUUUACAUAUUGAUGUGUCAAGCGUUAGUUGGAUUCCUUUAGUAUCGGUAAUGAUAUACGCGGCUUUCUUUAAAGCUGGCGCAGGGUUAGUACCUAUUAUAUUAACUGCAGAAAUAUUUCCGAGCAAUAUGAAAGCUAUUGGUAUGACUGUAGCUGAUGGUAUGUUUAUACUGGGAGGUAUUAUUGCUAUUCAAAUAUAUCAGAUUUUAACAAGACUUAUAAAUAUUUACCUACCAUUUUAUGUGUUUGGUGGUUAUGCUUUCUUUGUAGCGAUAUUUACGUACUUUUGUAUUCCUGAAACUAAAGGUAGGUCUUUGCAAGAAAUUCAAAGUAUUCUAAAGGGUGAAUCUAUAGAGCCUAAAAAAUUAAAUAAAGAAAUUGAAACAAUUUCAUAGGUGAUCUUUUUUGUUUUUUGAAUAUUUUACAAUAUGUAAAGAAUCAUGAAACGAUACAUUCCUAUUUAAGAUACGUUCCAAGAAAUAUUGCGAAUUAAGAAUAGAUAUUUUUACUUACGUUAUGUAAAAACAUUGAACAGAGGUGAUAUUACAAUAAUUAUUUAUUUUAUUUAGUUUGGUUACGCUCACAAAUAUUUUUAAGUUUAUAUUAUAUCAUACCAAAUAUAAUAAAAGUUCCUUAACAAAUUAAACAAUUCUGCUCUGAUAAAAACUUUCACAAUAUCAUUAUAUUGACGUAAUAUAAGAUUUUAUUACAAUUUUAUAAAAAACAGAAAGAUAAAAUGGAUUUUAAAAUCAGUUAUUAAGACAUAAGGUUAAUUAACUAAUGCUGUAGCUACUACAUUCACUAAACAAGAUAAGAAACUGAGAAGAGACAUUUUUAAGCCCAAAAACUUAACAAGAAGUACUUAAAAGGAAGUAAAAAUACGUAAAUUAUUUAACUAUACAGUAGUUUCUAACUAAGAAGCAAUAAAUUAGUAUGUUUUCGGAACAAACUUUGCAAAAACGUUACAUGUACAAAUUGAUGAUUUAUUUUUGGAAGAAAUAAUAUUUAAAGCAGUAACAAAGCAUUUAGAGAAAAUAUAAAAUAAAUAUGUUUAUGUAACUUUACGAUGACUGUACAUGAAAAGAUACUGCAAAAAUAUUGUGUUUAUACUUUAUACUAUAAAUCUAUGUAACUUCCAAUUGUUUAAAUAUAUUUUUGUGAUACAUAGGCACAUAUGUCACUUAGUCCUUAGUUGUGUUAUUUUAUAAAAUUUUAUAGGAAAAAUAAAGGUCUUCUCAA